ACACGCUCUCUCACACACACAGAAAAUCCUCUUGCUCGUUGAUUUAUGGAAACAAUUAUGAUUCUGCUGGAGAAUUUUUCAGCUGAGAAAUAGUUUGUAGCUACAGUAGAGAGGCUCAAGUUGCACAAGGCAGACAACAGACAUGGAACUCUUAUAUAUCCAGCUGUUAUCAACAGAACAAAAAUCCAGUAGCAAACAGCAUCUCAGCAACUGAGCUUAUUACAACCUGUUUUUAUAAGGAUAUAUCAACAGAGAGUUAUUUAAGGAGGAAUCCUGUGUUGUUAUCAGGAACUAAAAGGAUAAGGCUAACAAUUUGGAAAGAACAACUACUCUUUCUUAAAUCAAUCUACAAUUCACAGAUAGGAAGAGGUCAAUGACCUAGGAUUAACAAUCAAAUCAAGAUUUAAUUUUCAUUAUGUUAUUCAUGAACACCCGGAGCACUAUACUAUAAUGCACAAAUGGAUACAGACAUGGAUCCUGCCAACUUUGCUCUACAGAUCAUGCUUUCACCUUAUAUGUCUAGUGGGUACUAUAUCUUUAGCAUGCAAUGACAUGACUCCAGAGCAAAUGGCUACAAAUGUGAACUGUUCCAGCCCUGAGCGACAUACAAGAAGUUAUGAUUACAUGGAAGGAGGGGAUAUAAGAGUGAGAAGACUCUUCUGUCGAACACAGUGGUAUCUGAGGAUUGAUAAACGAGGCAAAGUAAAAGGAACUCAAGAGAUGAAGAACAUUUAUAAUAUCAUGGAAAUCAGGACAGUGGCAGUCGGAAUUGUGGCAAUCAAAGGGGUAGAAAGUGAAUACUAUCUUGCAAUGAACAAGGAAGGAAAACUCUAUGCAAAGAAAGAAUGCAAUGAAGAUUGCAACUUCAAAGAAUUAAUUCUGGAAAACCACUACAACACAUAUGCAUCAGCUAAAUGGACGCACAAUGGAGGAGAAAUGUUUGUUGCCUUAAAUCAAAAGGGGAUUCCUGUAAGAGGGAAAAAAACGAAGAAAGAACAAAAAACAGCCCACUUCCUUCCUAUGGCAAUAACUUAAUCACAUAUGAUAUAUAAGAAACCAGUUCCAGCAGGGAGAUUUCUUUAAGUGGACUGUUUUCUUUCUUUUCUUUUCUUUUCUUUUUAUAAAAAGUAUCCAAGAAAGGCUGGAAAACUACUGAAAAUUGAUCAAGCUGGACUUGUGCAUUUAUGUUUAUGUUAAGACACUGCAUUAAAGAAAGAUUUGAAAAGUAUACACAAUAAUCAGAUUUAGUAACUAAAGGUUGUAAAAACUUGUAAAACUGGUUGUACAAUCAUGGUGUUAGUAAUAGUAAUUUUUUUCUUAAAUUAAUUUACCCUUAAGAGUAUGCUAGAUUUGAGUAUCUGAUAAUGAUUAUUUAAAUAUUCUUAUCUGCUUAUAAAAUAGCUGCUAUAAUUAUAAUGCAGAUGAUGUUACAUAAGAUAUGUCAGACCUAAAGGCUGCUGGAAUGAUUUGUCACAUAAUCAAGGCAAUACUAACUAUGGAAGAUGAGCAGUAUUUUAAAAUGCUUUUUAGUAAGAAAAAUUAUAAGCCACUUACACUUUAAUUAAAAAAGAAUAUUCUCAUAAAUUCUAUUAUGGAAUUGAAUUAAAGAGGUAGUUUUCAAAACUGUAGGAUUAGAACAUGAUUGAACCUAUUAAUGAACAAAGUUCCCAAUGCUGCUCAAAAUAAAAGGGGAUAUUUUCAAAAAUCUUGUAUAUAAAAUAGCAAUAAUGUUGAUAAUAUUGUACUUCAUCUCACUUGCCACAAAAUGACAUUUUAUAAUCCCUAAAAGUAAAAUUCAGAAGUCUCUACCUUUUUUUUUCAAGUAACAUAAUCUAUCUUUUGUAUAAUUCAUAUUGGGGAAUAUGGCUUUGAAUAAUGUUCUUUCUACAAAUAAUCAUGCUUUUUUUCCCUGUGGUUACCAGCAUUAAACUCUAUUUUAAGUUGUAUUUGAA